CCAUAGUGGACGGCGAGAAGUAAACCUGCUCGCUCCUUGAAAAUGCAAUUUGGGACUUCUCUUCAUCAGAAUAUAAGCACUUUCAAUAUGAGCGGUGUCUUAAAGCUACAUAGAACUGGCAAUGGAUCUAUGGACUCCCUCUCAACCGCAUUACCGCCUUUCGUGUCUCAACUAUUCUAUUACUACGCCAUGGUUAUUCUCAUCGUCUCUGUGGCUUCAAACCUUCUUGCUUUAGUAGCAUGCCUUCAGUCGUACUGCCGUAACCCAUCUGUAAUGCUAGGCUAUCUUGCCAGUCUUAGUGUUGCAGAUCUGUUGUUUGGACUCUUGGCUUCCUUUAAUGCGAGUGUUCAUUUUUCAUUAUCAGGAGAGCUGGCAUGCAAGCUGGAAGGCUUUUUAACAGAGACGUGCUAUACUUCGACAAUAUUGAUCCUGAAUGCUAUCAGCUAUGAAAGAAUGACGGUUGUAGCGACUCCAAUUUUGGCACGAACAAGACGCUUCAAGUUCCGAAGAUGGCUCCCAUUACUCGUCUGGUUGAUCUCGCUAUUCAUUUGCAGUCCUUUGUUAUUUAUCUAUAGUCAAACUCCAGGUUAUUGCACCAACAAACAGCUUGGAAGUAUUGCUCGUCAGGUCUUUUACGCCUUUCAAACAUUCACUCUUUUCUUUGUAUCUCUCGUCUUCAUGGUCUGGGCACAYAUAAGAAUUUUUAAGACAUUAGCAAAGCAUAGUGUAUUUAGACUAAGUUCCUCAGGCACAUCUUCGAUUUUUCGUAGUGAAGAAAAACUGUCCAAGAUGUUGGUAGUCGUCGUAAUAGUUUUUUGUGUGUCUUAUAUUCCUUUUAUGACUCUKUUUCUGAUGGCAAACUUUGGACUUGAAGAAAAUACAUUAAUCUGGAAAACCUCUUGGAGGGUUUCCCAGCUGCUAGUCUUCACACAGUCUUGUGUAAACCCGUUUAUAUAUUGUUUUUUCAGCAGACAAUUCCGCAAGGCUUGCAGAGAUGUACUAACUUGCCGUUGUAGAGCUGUAAAGGUUUCUAGCAGGAGAAUACGGGCUGUUUCUCGAGGAACGUCGCUAGAGCUUCAAACUGCUCACAUUUUUGAAACGCCGCRGGUAGGCGCGAACGAAAAAGAAGUCACUGUAUUGUAACACUGCCAUCAUUAGUUAACUUCAUUAACAACAAGUCUUUCACGUGGACACUUUUUUUCCGUUUCAACUAUCUUAGCAAACGUUUGAUUUAGCCUGGGUACACACUGUAAAAGAAAAAUAUUUGCUUUUUGUUCAAGAAAAGAGAAAGAAUAUCACAAAAGUUGGAAAACGACAGGACAAAGCCUAAAAAGGGCCCUAAGCAAACUUGCUUGAAAUGCACUUAUUAUCUUCUUUUCCGAGUACAGAAAAGGAAAAUAUGUGUUAAAACCUACGAGAAGGAAAUGGAAAUUGAGAGACUUGAGUACAUGAAUGAAAACGCCUGGAGCAUGUUUUCAGUAUUUGGAGUAGUCGAUAUAUCAACCACACUGAUAUCCAUUAAAUACUGUACUGUAUUCUCAUAAGCAAAGCUAGCUGAGUAUUAUCGGCUCUGAUGUAUGUAUACAUGUGUCGAUCAAAAUGGCAACUAGGAACCAUUUGUUUUGCGGACAAGACGCGUGGUUAUAUCUUGGUUUGAGGGUUGAUUGCAUAUCGAUAGCAUCAAACACUUAGCUUGAAAACCAGGAGGUACACAAGUCAAGUCUUUGAUCUUAAGAAGGAUUCUUUGGGUACGCCUAAAGCAAUACUAAUUUUUGAUAUUUUUACAGCCAAUCCAUGUGGCCGGUGCACUGGCUCGAGCCCUGCGGACACGAUAUGUGAAUUGAAUUUGUUUGAUGUGUUGCUCUCUCGGGUUCUUCGGUUUUCUCCCUUCGUUAAAAUCAACAUGUGAGUUGGGCGUUGUGUGCAUAGAACAUUGAAUGUAGUGGUAGUGUGUGUGAGUGAAAAGUGCCUUCAAUUAAUGAGAAAGCGCCGGAACGACGUAAAUAAAGAUAUAUAUUUUUAUCUUUACAGCCAUAAGCGUUCAGCUCGCUCGUUCUGGGGUUUUCCGGCAAAGCUGUUUUUACAAUCAUCUAUGUCAUACACGGGAAGACUAGUUUCUGAUUUAUUACAAAGUCGUCGAGGUURAUUUGAGCUGAAACCUUAGUGUAAGUUAUCAUUCGAUCCAAUAGAAUCGCUAUCAUCAUUCACGUAUCGAAAAUCUUCCUCCGAUCCAGAAUGCACCAGCCAAGUAGAUAUGAUAGUAGUACAGAGCCUGACUGUUAUCUCUGUUACUGAUCGUAUUACUUAGCGAACAGACUUAAAAUAAGUGGAAGAAGGGGAUUAAAGAUUCAAUACUCAACGAAAGCCAAUCUAAAGUCCUUUGUAAUAACGCUUUUCAGCCCCCGGGAGGUUUGUUCUUAUUCUUUGCGGCAUUCACAAAAAUUCCCAGUUUUGAAUCAAAAGAUGUGACUGAGAAAYUUCUGAAAGACCAACGUUAAAAUGAAAAGAAAAGACGGCACCCUGCU